AAAGGUUUGUAUAACAAUUUUAAACCAUGAAGAUCACCAGAUAUAAAAAGGUUCAGAAAUAUCUGAAGUUCUACUACAACAACUACGGCUUCCAUCAACCGUACCAAGUUUUACUGGACGGCACGUUUUGUUUUGCUGCAUUUAAAAAUGGACAGCAAGUACCGCCGUAACGGUCGUCUGAUAGACAUUGUGGAUGAGGAGUGGAGGGCAGAACAGCUCCCUCAUGAGGACAUCCAGGUUCCCCUCGAGGAGCUCCCAGACCCUGAAGCUGACAGUGCAGACUCUCAUCUCACACUUAAAGAACAAAGCCUACGCUGGCAAGAGAAUUUUCCAGAACCUGCCGCAAGCAAUAUUUAAAAUUAGGAACACAUCAACAUUAGGGAGCAGAUCCCAAAAUAUUUAAACUCUCAAGCUAAAUUACUCACUACAAGAUGUAUAAUUAUAGAAACAGAAAAAAUUGCAAAGAAGACUCAUGGAGCGCUAACUAUAUUGAAGCAAUUUGGUAUACAUGAA